AUGACCAUACUUCACCCUCCCAAGUUUGAAAAUGAGCCAAUGCUUGACUAUGCCAAGGGCUCUCCUGAGCGAGCAAGGCUUGCCACUGCGUUGCAAAACCUCAAGAGCCAGCUGCCCAUCAAAAUCCCCAUAUCCAUCGACGGGGUUCAGGUCCAAACGCACAAGGCUCGCAUCCAGGUGAACCCCUCCAACCACCGCCAGUCCAUCGCCGAGUACGCCAUCGCCACCCCCGAGCAGGUCAACGCCGCCGUGGACGCCGCCUUAAAGGCCAAGCCAGCAUGGGAAGCCCUCCCGUUCGAGGACCGCGCCGCCAUCUUCCUCCGCGCGUCGGAGCUCAUCGCCGGAAAGUACAGGCAGGACAUCGUCGCCUCCACGAUGCUGGGCCAGGGCAAGAACAUCUGGCAGGCCGAGAUCGAGGCCCCGACGGAGACGGUCGACUUCUUCCGCUACUACGUCCAGGAGGCGUGGUCGCUGUUUGCGCAGCAGCCCAAGGUCCAUCCGUCGGGACAGUGGAACAAGAUGGAGUAUAGACCGCUCGAGGGUUUCGUCUACGCCAUCGCGCCCUUCAACUUCACGGCCCUGGGGGCGACGCUCGUUGGGCCGGGUGCGCUGCUCGGCAACGUCGUCAUCUGGAAGCCGUCCGACUCGGCGCUGCAUUCGGCGUACCUCAUUCACCAGAUCCUGCUCGAGGCUGGUCUUCCCAAGGACGUGGUCCAGUUCCUCCCCGGAGACGCCGAGCAAGUCACCGACACCAUCCUGAAGCGGCCCGAGUUUGGGGCCCUGAGCUUCAUCGGCUCGACGCAGGUGUUCAAAAGCAUCCAGAAGAAGGUUGGCGACCAGAUUGGCAACGGCACGUACAAUUCGUACCCGCGCGUCAUCGGCGAGACGAGCGGCAAGAACUGGGCUGUGGUCCAUUCAUCCGCCGACGUGAAGAGCGCUGCAUUGCACUGCGUACGAGCUGCGUACGAGUAUCAGGGUCAAAAGUGUUCUGCCCUCUCGCGCGCGUACGUGUCGGAGUCGGCGUGGCCCGAGUUCCAGAAACACUUUGUCCAAGAGGUCAAGCAGCUCAAGGUCGGCAACGUCGAGGACUUUUCCAACUUUGUCACGCCCGUGAUCCACGAGCGGUCCUUUGACAAGCUGGCCAAGGUCAUCAAAGACGCCCAAAACGAUGCCGAGCUGGAGCUCAUUGCGGGCGGCAAGGCCUGCAAGGACGAGGGCUACUUUGUCCACCCGACGGCCUACCGUACGACGAAUCCUCGGCACGAACUCAUGUCUCGGGAGCUCUUUGGCCCUGUGCUGAGCAUCUACGUCUACCCGGACGGCGAGUUCGAGGAAACACUCCGCACCCUCGACACCACCUCGCGGUACGCCCUGACGGGGAGCAUAUUUGCCCUGGACCCCUACGCGUCCAGGAAGGCGCAGGAAACGCUCAAGCACGCUGCUGGCAUGCUGUACAUCAACACUAAAUGCACUGGUUCAGUGGUUGCGCAGCAGCCUUUCGGCGGCAGUCGAGAUUCGGGGACAAACGACAAGACCGGGACCAUGGCCCACUUGCAACGAUUCACGAGUGUAAGGUCCAUCAAGGAGGAGUUUGUCCCACUCGAGAAGGUGCAGUAUCCAUCAAACGAGAUUUGA